AUGGUCGAGAUGCUCCUCGAGCGUUACCCGCACGCGUCCGUCGCCAGCCUCGACCUCGUCCAGCGGCACUUUCCCGACAAGCUCGCCGCUGGACCUACUGCCGCCCGCAAGUGGUCGUUCCACUCGGUCGACCUCACCUCGCUCGACUCGCUCUCGGCGGCCCUGCGCCAGGUCGGCGCCACGACCGUCUUCCACACGGCCUCGCCUUGGACUGGCUCUGGCCCCGAGGUGUGCGAGAAGGUCAACGUCCAAGGGACCCAGACCGUCGUCGACGCGUGCGUCCAGGAGGGCGUCAACAAGCUCGUCUUUACCUCGUCGGCCGGCACCGUGUACGACGGCAACGACCUCAAGAACGUCGACGAGCGCAUGCCCUUUCCCGACGUGCCCAUCGACGCCUACAACGUGACCAAGGCCAAGGCCGAGUCGAUCGUCCUCGCCGCCAACGGCAAGGGCGGCCUGCUGACCGUCGCCAUCCGUCCCGCCGGCAUCUUUGGCCCCGGCGACCGCCAGGCCAUUCCGGGCAUGAUGGACGUGCUCAAGUCGGGCAAGACCAAGUUCCAGGUCGGCACCAACGAGAACCUGUUCGACUGGACGUACGUCGACAACGUCGUCCACGCGCACCUCGUCGCCGCCGAGCGCCUCGCCCUCACCGUCCCCGUCUCGGUCCUCGCCGAGCGCCUCCUGCCCGUCGAGCUCACGAUCCCGCGGCGACAACUCCCGACGUCCGUCUUCCGCCCCGAGUCGCUCCUCGCCGCCGAGAAGGAGCUCGACCCCUCGUUCGUCAACGACACAAAGGGCGACGAGCCCUUGAUCGCGGCCCGCAACCGCUACGACCCGUACUUCCCCGACGGCCUCGAGGAGCGCCUCGGUCUCACGACGACGCCGGGCGGCACUGGCGAGCUCGCCAUCGCCGGUCAGGCCUUCUUCGUCACCAACGGCGAGCCCGUCCCGUUCUGGGAUUUCCCGCGCGCCCUGUGGGCCACGUACAACGGCCACGUCGCGCCGUACGUCGUGCCGCUCCCGGCUGCCGUCGGACUCGCCAUCGCCGGCAUCGCAGAGACCGUCAUGGGCUGGCUCGGCAAGACGCCCAACAUGACGAGGGGCAAGAUCGUCUACUCGACCGUCGACCGCUAUUACAACAUCGAGAAGGCUCGCCGCAUCCUCGGGUACGAGCCCAUCGUCGGCGUCGAGGAGGGCAUCAAGCGUGCCGUUGCCAGGCGCAUCCUGAUACACGAGCGCGCCCCCUCGCAGUGGUACAAGGCCAACGAGCCGACGAUGCAGCCCAAGACGGCGGCGGCGUGA